AUGGAGCUGCGGGCCCUGCCGUGGCUCUGGGUUCUCUGCUGCGGCUGCUGCAAUAGUGGCGGUCGCAGCGCGGGCCCUGGAGCCACCUUCACCUGGACCAGGUCACCGAGCAGCGAGAGAGAGGCAAUGGCCUUCCGGGAAAGUCUUAAUCGACACCAGUAUCUGAAUUCAGUAUUUUCUAAUGAAAACUCAACUGCCUUUUAUGGGAUAAAUAAAUUUUCUUAUUUGUUUCCUGAAGAAUUUAAAGCAGUUUACUUGAGGAGCAAAUCUUCCAUAUAUCCCAAAUACUCAGGAGACUUACACACUUCAGUUUUCAACAUAUCCUUGCCAAUAAGAUUUGACUGGAGAGACAAACACGUUGUAACACAAGUGAGAAACCAGCAGAUGUGUGGAGGAUGCUGGGCAUUCAGUGUGGUAGGUGCAGUGGAAUCCGCAAAUGCAAUCAAAGGCAAGCCUUUGGAAGACCUCAGUGUGCAAGAAGUCAUCGAUUGUUCAUACACCAACUAUGGCUGCAAUGGGGGGUCUACACUCAGUGCUCUGCACUGGCUAAAUAAGGUUACAUCAAAAUUCAGAAACACCUGCUUUGAGAGUUCUAAACCAGAGUUUAACAGUGAUCAAGAAGAUGAAAUGGCAAAAACACUUCUUUCCUUUGGUCCUUUGGUAGUUACAGUAGAUGCUAUGAGCUGGCAAGAUUACCUGGGAGGCAUAAUACAGCAUCACUGCUCUAGUGGAGAAGCAAAUCAUGCAGUUCUUAUAACAGGAUUUGAUAAAACAGGAAGUGUUCCAUAUUGGAUAGUCCGGAACUCGUGGGGAAAUUCCUGGGGAAUAGAUGGCUAUGCCUACGUCAAAAUGGGUGCCAAUAUUUGUGGUAUAGCAGAUUCUGUUUCUUCUGUAUUCGUGUGA